AUGUCAAAGACCCUACAGGAAACAUUCCCCGAUCCUGAUGAGGCUAUUUGUAGUUUUUUUCUGCAAACGACGGAUGUUUCUGAUAAAACAUGGCAUAGUAUCUCUUUAAUAGCCGAAUCAGAUGAUGAUACCUUUUGGGUGGUUAUUGCUCAUCAUAAAAAUCUUUCACUUGCUUUAAAAAAUCUCAUUACUGCAGUAGAUAUCGCCCAUAGUUCUGCUUUUAGACGAUCACUUCAACUUGCAGAUGAGUUUGCCCUUAUAACACUCAUCGUCCGACUUGUUACCACCACCUCUGUUGUUUUUAAACGUGGUGUGAGUGUACGAGAAGUGGCCGCACGCUUUGGUGAUCUCAUUCCCGCCUCCUUAAUUUUACCAACAUCUCUCAUGUUAUUACGUCAUUCCGGUCCUAUUGCUUCUGCUACUAUUACUUCCUUAUUUCUUCUUAAUCCUGCGUAUUUGUGUGCCAUGUCUACUGUAGCCUCAUCCUGGUGUGAUGCGACAUCGCGAUUGGCAGUUCGCAGUGUGCGGGAAUUAUCAAGAGGAAGACAUCAACGACUGGCAGGGGAUGUGGUGCCGUUGUUUGAACAGGUUUAUCGGCAUGUCAAACACUUAUGGGCUUUAUUUCAUUCUGCUCCAUUUGUGGCGGAUUAUGUACCACUUUCUCGAUUAUUACAGAAUUUACGGGUAGUAGUUGAUUUACUUUCACCAAUUCUUCAACAUUUUAUUUUAACUUGUUCAACUAUUAGUAAUUGUCGGGAUCGUUUUUCCAGGGCGAAUUCGGCUAUUGUGAAUGCUGCUAUUAAUACCGCAUCUAUUCUGGUGUUAUUUCGAACGUAUAAUAAAGUUUUAACAAAAGAACGAUGUUAUUGUGUAGAAGGUAUAGUCCAUUCUACCUAUGAAGCUCUUACUAGCUAUAUUACACAAAAAGUUAGUGGUCCUCCAGCAUUACUUUUGUCUAAUAGUAAAUUAUCUUUGACAUUACUUAUACAUGAACUUUUCCCUCCAAGGAUGGAUGAGAAUGAUUUAAUGGUAGGGAAAGUUUUACGUAGUUUAACAGAACCCAUUCCAGAUAGUAAAGACUUCUCAGAUGGUUUUUUGGGAUCUCGUUCUCGAUAUUUUGAAUUAAUUUUAAUUGAAUUGGUUCAUCAGGGAUUUCAUAUAGAUAGGCUUUUGGAUAAAAAGUUUAUUACAGCAUUGGAAGCAGAAGAACUUGGAGCAUCUGAGCGAAGUAUUACAUGUGCUAUUACUGGUAUUAUUGAAGAAUGUACAAAACAAAGUAAUACUACCUCAUUAUCUAAUAUGAAUGAUAAUAACAACAAACAAGAAGAUAUAGUUUCACCUCCUAGAUCUUCUGAUGUAGAAGGAACUACAAAUCCACUUGUAAAUAUUGUAUUGGAUGUUAUGCCACAUUUUAAUGUUAAAGGUAUUAUAGCUGCUUUACAGUAUUAUAAUAAUGAUGUAGAACAUUUUAUUCUUGAUGCCUCAAUGGAUAAUAUUGUUCCACACAUUUUAACACAACUCACAGAACCUUCACCCACUGUUGUUAGUUCUAAUCAAACAACAACAGAAAAAGUUAUAUCUGAAACUCCUUUGGCACCUAUUCAUGCUAUUACAUCAGCAGAUUAUGAUAAAGAUUAUGGUGAAGUGGAUUUAAAUUUAUUUAUAGGUUCCGAUCUCUAUGAGGCAAUUAACGGUGAUGAUGAUAAUGAUAAUAAUGGAGAGAAGACCCUAGGAGAGGAUUUAUCAAGUGCUCUUGCAUAUACUACACAUCAUGUGGAGGAUCAUCGUAGUGCUGCAGAGAUGUUUGAAGUAGAUGAUACUAUGAGAGAUAAUAUUCGCAUGUUAAUGGAGAUGAUGUAUGAUGAUGAGUAUGAUGAUGCUCAGGAUCUUGCAGAAGUACGUGGUUAUGAAGCUAGACGAGGUACAAAUAACUCAGACACCUCCUUAUCAGACAAUGAUGAUAAUAAAGAUAAUAACGAUACUCCUGAUGGUGAUAAUAAGAAUAGUGAAGGUACAGAAUUAUCUAGAGCUCCACAUCAAGGGGUUUCACGGGCUCGAACAUUAUAUGAUGAGAAGAAAUUUCACAAAACAAGGUCUAAACAACGGGAAAAGGAUGUGAAAUCUGUAAAAGAGGCUCGGGAAAAAACACCAAGUUAUACUCAGAAAAAGAAAACAGUACGUAAAAAUGCACAAGACAAGAUGGCAUUCACACGUGCUGUAAAAAAGGGUAAGAGUGACUGGUAG